AUGGAGUAUGCCGAUGGCGGUACUCUUAGAAACUUUUUGAAGGAAUAUUUUAGUAAUCUCAAUUGGGAUGAUAAAUUCAAUUUAGCACUUCAAUUGGCUUAUGCUGUGGUUUGUUUACAUGAUGAAGGAAUUGUUCAUCGUGAUUUGCAUUCCGGUAAUGUAUUAGUUCAUCAAAAUAAUGUUAUUAAGUUAGCAGAUUUUGGAUUAUCAAAAAGAAUCGAAGAAGCAUCUACUAUUAACUCAAAAAUAUUUGGAAUGAUUCCUUAUAUUGAUCCAAAAAGUUUGAUCAUGGGAAUCUCACAAGGUUUUAGAGAAACACCUGUUCCUGAUACUCCUAUUGCUUAUACUAAGCUUUAUACUGAUUGCUGGAAUGGAGAACCAGAUAAUCGUCCAACUAUGAAUAAAGUGGUUGAUCAAUUGAAAUUAUUAUUAUCUCACGAAACCAUAGGAAAUGAUCAAACAGAUAAUUUGGAAGAUAUUGUACAUGAUAAUACUACUGAACAACAAUCAUUUAAUUCAGAUAAUAUUAUUAAUUCUUCUACUUCUUCUACUGAUAUCAAUGAAUCAGAAGAAAUUCAACAGGAGUUCCUCAAAGCAGACGCUAUAAUAAAUAAACUUAAGCCCUUGGGUGAACAAUCAGUUAUUCAAUUUUUAGCGGAGUGCAUUCAAGAGGAAUCAUUUAAGAAUCAGUUACAUGAAUUCAUAAAACGCUCAAAAACUGAUGAAUCUUUUCAAAAUGUGGCAGCCAAUGCCAUCACAUUACUAGUUAAAGCUGGAGUGCAAUUUAAGGGAGCUGAUUUAAAUGGGAUCCGUAUACCGGGAGCUGAUCUUAGUUAUGGGAUGUUCGAUCAUGCACAAUUUCAAGGGGCCGAUUUAAGAAAUGUCCACUUACAAGGAGCAUGGCUUCAAAAAGUAAAUUUUAAUCAUGCCAAUAUGACUGGAGUAGAAUUUGGUGAAAACCCUUUUUUAGUAUUAAAAAACUUGGAUACCGGUUAUCAUAAAGCUGAUCAUGAUGAAAUAUGGAGAUCAUACGGUGAAUUAGAUAGAUAUGUUUAUGUAAAUGAUUUGAGCUGGAAGGCUUCUGUUUCAAUAUCAUCAGAUGGAUCAUUAAUAGCCUUAGAGAGAUGGAACAAUACUAUUGGUCUUUGGAUAAAUAGGAAUAAAGAAUCAUUCACUUAUGAAAAAUUUGCAGAUUUUGAAGAACAUACAGAUAAAAUUUUAAGUGUUUCGAUUUCACCUAAUGGUAAAUAUGUUGUUUCAGGAAGUAGAGACCGUACUGUUCGUUUAUGGUCCGUAAGAGGGAAAAGACUAUUUCAUGGAUUUAAAGAACAUAAAGGCGAUGUUAACAGUGUUUCAUUUUCAUCUAAUAGUAACCUCAUUGUUUCAGGAAGUAUGGAUAAUAUGGUUUAUUUAUGGUCCGUAAAUGAGAAAAAAUUGGUACACGUGUUUAAAGGACAUAAUGGUGGUGUUAGCAGUGUUUCAUUCUCUCCAAAUAAUGAAUUUAUUGUUUCGGAAAGUAAAAAUGGUAUGAUUUGCUUAUGGUCGAUAAAAGAGAGAAAAUUGUUACAUACAUUUAAAGCAUAUAAAGAUGAAAUUUCUAGCACUUUAUUUUCACCUAAUGGUGAACUUAUCAUAUCAGGAAGUUGGGAUUGUACAGUAAAUUUAUGGUCGUGGUCAGUAGAAGAGAUAAAGUUGUUACAUGUAUUUUGUGGUCAUACUGAUAGAGUUACUAGUGUUUCAAGUAAUAGUAAUUAUGUUGCAUCAGGAGGUAUUGAUGGAAAAAUACGUCUAUGGUCAAUAAAAAAUAAAGAAAAAUUCACACAUAGUUUAGGACGGGUUUUAAUCAAUGAUGAAUUAUUUUCUCCAAAUGAGGAAUGGAUUGUUGAUAGUUUUGGAAUCCUUCGAGGUCUUCAUUCAUCAGAUUAUUGGCCUGCAUUUUCUCCUGAUGGUAAAUUUAUUGCCUUAGGAAGAGAUAAUCUUAUUCAUCUAUCUACAAAAGAAAAUCAAAAUCCAUUUUUUACUUUUGAAGCUGAAGAAUUACUAGAAUGGAAAUUUAAUUGUAUUUCAAUUUCACCGAAUAGUGAAUUCAUUGCAGCAGGACCUUGGAUUGAGGGAGGAUCUUUAGGAAAUUAUUAUGGCAUAAAACUAUUUUCAGUGAAAGAAAGAGAAUUGGUUCAUACUUUUCGAGGGCAUGAAUGGCAAGUUAAUUGUGUAUCAUUCUCACCUGAUGGAGAAUUACUUGCUUCAGGAAGUUGGGAUAAUACCGUGCGUUUAUGGUCACUAAAAGAGAGAAAAUUAUUGGCUACCUUUAAUCAUCAAAUAUCUUUCGGUCACGAGAGACCCUGCAUAGAAUGCGUUGCAUUUUCUCCUGAUAAUGAAUUUAUUAUAACAGGAGGAUGGAAUUAUACAGUAACUUUAUGGUCAAUAAAAGAUUCUAACAAACCACAGAAAAUUUUUGAUGAGCAUAAAAAUAUAAUAUGUGAUGUUAAAUUUUCUCCUGAUGGUAAAUUAAUCGUAUCAGCAAGUCGUGAUUGUACUGUACGUAUAUGGUCAGCAUCAUCUGACAGUAAAUCCUUGGCAGUUAUUCGAGGUUUUAUAGGUUGUGUAUCUCAUAUAGCAUGGAAUAAGACAUCAGAAGGAUUAUUUCUACACACAAUUAAUAGUAGUGAAAAUGUUGGUAAUGGAAAUAAAUUUUAUCGUUACUGGCAGAUAGAACAAGAUGGUCAAGAUGGUCAAGAUGGUCAUAAAUUACAAGUUAAAUUACGUUGGGUUCCUUAUCAAUCAGCGUUAACAACAUAUAAUGCACGUAUUCAAAAUGUAAAUGGUUUAAGCCCAAUGAAUGAGAAACUUUUAACACAAUAUGGUGCCAAAAGGAAAGAGUAG